CAAGCAAUUGCGAUUGACAAGGCCUUCGGUAUAAGGUAAGAUCAUGACCUCCGCCUUCGUCCCGCCCAUCUACCACGAUGUCGGCCCUGAUAUCCCCCUCGACACCUCCUACCCCCACAAGAUCCGUCUCUUCGGUCAUCCGGUGACGCACUCGCUAUCCCCUCUCCUUCACUCGACGCUUUACAAGAACCUCAACCUUCCAUGGACCUACACUCUCUACGAAUCCUUCUCCCUUACCGACUUCUUCAACAUGGACGAGACUGCGAUCGAUCCCGUCGACUCGGUGUAUACCUUUGACGUCAAUGGCCGCGCAGACCAUCCCGGACGCAACGUUCCCGGUCCUCUCGCCCAAGAACCAUUCCUCGGCGCCUCGACGACAAUGCCACACAAAAUUACCAUCAUCCCUCACCUCGACGCCAUCACCCCAGCCUGUGCCGCCAUCGGCGCAUGCAACACCAUCUUCCUCCGCCGUCCAUCGGCCGACUUCCCAACACCAAAACACUGGUCCGACAAGAUUCUCGUCGGUACCAACACCGACUGCGUUGGCGUACGAGAAGCCUUACUCCACGGGUUCCGUCAUGCUUUCCCCGGUGCAGAGGUACCCAAGGGCAAGAACGCAUUGAUCAUCGGAGGAGGCGGCACGACCCGUUCGAGCUCGUAUGCGCUUCACACCUACUUUGGCGCAAAUACGAUCUACAUCCUCAACCGUGAUCUCGCGGAAACGGAGGCGGUGAAGGCGCAGUUCAUGUCCCUCGGUGUCAAGAUCGUCGCGGUGGAUUUGGAGGAGGAUGAGCUUCCCUGGGUGAAGGAGGGCACGGAGGCACCGUUUUGGGUGGUUGGGUGCGUACCGGAUAUUCCCCCGGUUUCCGACGCAGAGAAACGCGUUCGCGAGUUAUCACAAAAGAUCUUGGCGGCGCCGUUGCCUACCGAACCCACGAACGGAGUAUCGCAGGGUAAGAACGGCGUGUUGUUGGAUAUGUGCUACAAGCCCCGCUGGACGACGUUGCUUCAGACCGCCUCGGCAUCGGGAUGGGAAUGUGUGGAGGGUAUUGAAGCUAUGAUUGAACAGGGUGUGGAGCAGGUCUUGUUGUGGAGUGGUAGGAUGAGGGAGGAGUGUGAUAUGGAUAUGGUGGCGGAGAUUAUCAGGAAGGCGGAUGAGGUUGGGCAAAAGAAGGAGGCGGAGAAGAAGUAAGAUAGGGGAUGUACGAUCACCAAAGGUGCGCAAGGAUUGUUGUAUUGAGCUUGAAGUGAAAAAUAUACUUAUGCUCGACCUAUUACUAGUACAUGAAGGGUUUAUGGCAUAAAACCUCUGUUUUGGGCAAGACUAGACCAUAAGCGGUAGGGAUCGCCGGGU